AUGAUUGCAGCAUAUGCCCAAAACAGGCAUAUUGGAGAGGUGGAGGAGAGAGCCGCGGGCAUGAUGGACGUGUACGUCAGCUGCGGGUAUCUCGCUAGUGCCCGGCAUUUUUUCAACAUAGUGCCGUACAGGGGCACUAUGGCGACGUGGAAUGAGAUGAUCCUGGCAUAUGCACAGCGAGGACACGUAGAGCAAGCGCUGGGAGUGUUUCGUCUCAUGGACCUGGAGGGAAUCGAACCCAACCAGGCGAGCUUCUUGCGCGUGUUUGAUUCCUGCGCCGUGGUGUCCGCGCUCCGGGUGGCCGGGUUGUACGAAAGAAGUGACGUGGUUGCGCUGACCAGCACGUACGCCAAGUGCGGCAGCCUGCCCCACGCGGAGGACCUCUUCUACCGCGUGCGGCAGAGGUGCAAUGACGACGCGGUGCCGUGGACACGGCAUUUUCGCAGAAUGGCGACCACUACGGCGUACUGCGGGUGUUCCACCGGAUGA